AUGUCUUCCACAGCAGACCACCAACCCGACGAUGAAGAGGCGGAGAAGAAUUUCCAGCCGAAAUCUCCCCAGUUCUGGCUGAUCAUUCUGGGCGUGUAUUUUUCGAUCUUUCUGGUUGCCCUGGACCGCACAAUCAUUGCAACUGCCAUCCCUCGCAUCACGGAUGAAUUCAAUUCGAUCGCCGACAUCGGCUGGUAUGGCAGCAGCUAUAUGCUCACAUCGGCCUCGUUCAGUCCUCUUUAUGGCCGGGCAUAUCAAAUCUACUCGACCAAAUGGACUUUCCUCACCUCCCUGGUCAUUUUUGAAGCGGGUUCGGCCGUCUGUGGUGCUGCACCAAACUCAACAGCCUUCAUUCUUGGGCGCGCAGUGGCUGGACUUGGGGGAGCAGGCAUCUUCACCGGCGGCAUGAUGGCCAUUGUGCCUCUGGUGCCCCUCCGCAAGCGUCCGAUCUUCGUCUCCAUUUUCGGGAUGGCAUUUGGGAUCUCAUCGGUGCUGGGCCCUAUCAUCGGCGGCAGUUUCACCGACCACAUCACCUGGCGCUGGUGUUUCUAUGUGAAUCUUCCAAUCGGCGGCUUCACCAUGCUCGCUGUCCUGCUAUUCUUUCACGUGGAAUCUCCUCCCCGCGCAGACCUCGGAUGGGUAGGCCAUGUCAAGCCCCUCGACCCGCUGGGGGUCGCGCUCUUUAUCCCUUCAAUUGUCUGCUUGAUAUUGGCACUGCAGUGGGGAGGUACUGAAUAUUCAUGGUCAGCACCGACGAUCAUUGGCCUCUUGGUAACUUUCGCUGUACUGCUUCUCGCCUUUGUCGCCGUGGAGAUCGCCACCCCACAGACGGCGAUGAUACCAUCCCGCGUCGUCCUCAACCGUUCGAUCACCGGUAGUAUGUUUUUCGUCUUCAUGCUGACCGGUGGCAUGAUGUCACUGGUCUAUUAUCUGAGUAUCUGGUUCCAAGCCGUCAAGGCCGAUACCGCGACGGAAGCCGGGCUCAGUACACUCCCUCUGGUAUUAUCCUUGGUCGUGAUGGGUGUGAUAUCUGCCGUGAUCACCCAGAAGAUCGGUUACUAUGUCCCUGCGAUGAUAACAGCUCCCGUACUAUGCUCUAUUGGAGCAGGCAUGAUAUCAACGCUCUCCCCGACUUCCAAUCACAGCCACUGGAUCGGAUACCAGGUCAUAUUUGGUCUCGGAAUUGGCUGCGGAUUCCAAACAUCCAACAUGGCCGCGCAGACUGUCCUACCACGCGCUGACAUUCCGAUCGGUAUGUCUUUGAUGAUCUUUAUGCAACAGAUCGGAGGCUCCAUCUUCCUUGCUGUUGACCAGAACCUCUUGUCAAACAAACUGGUUGAACAGCUCUCUCAUGUUGCAGGCCUGGACGCAAAUCUCGUCAUCAAUACCGGUGCCACUGAGCUUCGAAAUGUGGUGCCAUCAAGCGAGCUUAGCACUGUCAUAGAUGCCUACAACUACGCGCUGACUCGUAUCUUCAUCCUGGCGACUGGGAUUAGCGCCAGUACCAUGCUCGGCGCAUUGGCUAUGGAGUGGAGGAGCAUCAAAGGAAACGGAGAUGUUGGUUCUCGGGCAGAGGAGAAGGAAAAGGACUGGCGAAGGAGGAAGAACAGAAGUGAUCCUGAGACAGAGCGGAUGCAAGGAAAAGCACGGUCAUCAUUCCACUGCUGUAAAUAA